AUGGCCAAGGCAUUUCUCUUCUGGGGCUAUUGUGGGGAGUUCCAUGGGAACGGUGCGUUUCCUCCGCAGGACGCGGUGACGGGGCUGCUCCCCGCCAGCGCCGACCACCAGGACGCCUGGGUCCGGGACAACGUGUACAGCGUCCUGGCCGUGUGGGGUCUUGGCCUGGCGUACCGCAAGAAUGCCGACCGCGACGAAGACAAAGCAAAGGCCUACGAGCUGGAGCAGAGCGUGGUGAAGCUGAUGCGGGGGCUGCUCCAGUGCAUGAUGAGACAGGUGGAGAAAGUAGAGGCCUUCAAGUACAGUCAGAGCACCAGGGACUGCCUGCAUGCCAAGUAUAACACCCAUACCUGUGCCACGGUGGUAGGAGACCAAGAAUGGGGUCAUCUACAGAUGGAUGCUACCUCCCUCUACCUCCUCAUGCUUGCACAAAUGACGGCCUCAGGUCUCCACAUAAUCCACAGCUUGGAUGAAGUCAACUUUAUCCAGAACCUUGUAUUCUACAUUGAAGCUGCCUACAAAACUGCGGACUUUGGCAUAUGGGAGCGUGGGGACAAGACAAACCAGGGCAUCACCGAGUUGAAUGCCAGUUCUGUCGGCAUGGCCAAGGCUGCCCUGGAGGCAUUGGAUGAGCUGGACCUCUUUGGAGCCAAGGGAGGCCCACAGUCAGUGAUACGGGUGCUGUCAGAUGAGGUGCAGCACUGCCAGUCCAUCCUCCACUCAAUGCUGCCCAGAGCCUCCACAUCCAAGGAGGUGGAUGCCAGUGUGCUCUCUGUCAUCUCCUACCCGGCAUUUGCUGUGGAGGACAGUGAGCUGGUGGAAAUCACCAAGCAGGAGAUUAUCACCAAGCUGCAGGGGCGCUAUGGCUGCUGCCGCUUCCUCCGGGAUGGAUACAGGACUCCCAAAGAGGACCCCAAACGCCUCUACUAUGAACCUGCUGAGCUGAAGCUGUUUGAGAACAUUGAGUGUGAGUGGCCUCUCUUCUGGGCAUACUUGAUGAUUGACGGGAUUUUCACUGGAAACAUGGAGCAGGUGCAGGAAUACCGGGAAGCCCUUGAGGGCGUUCUCAUCAAGGGCAAGAAUGGGGUACCUCUGCUGCCAGAGCUGUACAGUGUCCCACCAGAUAAGGUGGAUGAAGAAUACAGGAAUCCACACACAGUGGACAGGAUACCCAUGGGCAAGCUGCCACACAUGUGGGGACAGUCCCUCUACAUACUGGGUUGUCUGAUGGCUGAGGGGUUUCUAGCUCCCGGUGAAAUAGAUCCUCUCAACCGCCGUUUCACAACUGUCCCUAAACCUGAUGUGGUGAUCCAAGUGUGUAUCCUGGCUGAAACAGAGGGGAUCAAGGCAAUCCUGCAGAAGGAAGGCAUUGAUGUGGAGACUGUGGCGGAUGUCUACCCCAUCAGAGUGCAGCCUGCUCGCAUCCUCAGCCACAUCUAUGCCCGGCUGGGUCGCAACAAGCAGAUGUGCCUUACUGGACGGCCCUACCGGCAUAUGGGUGUCCUUGGGACCUCCAAGCUCUACAAAAUCAGGAAGAGCGUCUUUACCUUUACCCCACAGUUCAUAGACCAGCAGCAGUUCUACCUGGCUCUUGACAACAAAAUGAUUGUGGAGAUGCUGAGGACAGACCUCUCCUACCUCUGCAGCCGCUGGAGGAUGACUGGGCGACCAACCAUCACUUUCCCCAUCUCUCACACUAUGCUCGAUGAAACCAGCAGCAGUGUGCAUCCCACGGUGCUGGCGAUGCUGCAGAAGCUGCAGGAUGGCUAUUUCGGUGGUGCAAGAAUUCAGACUGGUAAAUUGUCGGAGUUCCUGACAACGUCAUGCCGAACACACCUCAGCUUUAUGGACCCUGGGCCAGAGGAGGACACUGAUGAUGAGGUUGCUCAGUAUCUGGAUCACCUGCUGCAGCACACGACUCCCCAGUCAAACCUGCCUCCCACCACCCAGCAGGGAGGGCUGAGCCGCUUCAGGGCUGCUGUCCACACCACCCGUGACCUCAUAUCCCUGGCAUCCAAGGCUAAGGACCUGCAUGUCCAGAAUGUUGGGAUGUAUGUCCCCAUCAGGAUCUUCCAGGCAUCACAGCAGUCGGUCAAGCUGCUGAGUUCACCCCAUCAGCAUGACUUGGACAGCAAGAGCCACGCACUCUACACAGAGAUGAACUUGCCACGUGGUGAGGACGGCAACGUGGACUGCAAGGCACUGGUGGACCAGCUGCGCAUCUGCCCCUCACUGCAGGAGCAAGCAGACAUCCUUUACAUGCUCCACAUCCUCAAGGGACCUGAGUGGCACACGGGGCUUGAUAGCGAGCCUGGCCCCACCGUCAAGGAGCUCCUCACUGAGUUGUAUGUGCGGGUGGGGGAGACACGCCAGUGGGCCCUCAUCCGCUACAUCUCUGGCAUCCUCAAGAAAAAGGUUGAAGCUCUGGAUGAGGCCUGUACUGACCUCCUGUCUCACCAGAAACACUUGACGGUGGGGCUGCCCCCAGAGCCACGUGAGAAAACAAUCUCCAUCCCGAUCCCCUAUGAGGAGCUCGUUUGCCUUAUUGAUGAAGCCAGUGAGAAGAACCUCAGUGUGUCCAUCCUCACCCAGGAGAUCAUGGUGUACUUGGCCAUGUACAUACGCACACAGCCUGCACUGUUUGCUGAGAUGUUCCGCAUCCGCAUUGGGCUCAUCAUCCAGGUGAUGGCAACAGAGCUGGCACACUCUCUGCGUUGUUCAGCUGGAGAAGCCACAGAAAACCUGAUGAAUCUCAGCCCAUCAGACAUGAAAAGCCUUCUCUACCACAUCCUCUCUGGCAAGGAGUUUGGGGUGGAAAAGAGCGUGCGUUCAGUGGACUCAUCGCUUACCACUGCUGUCUCCAUCUGUGACAUGGGAGCUGUCGGGACCGCCAGGUCUGAGCGCACCGGCCUCGUCAGGCUGAAAAGUGAAAUCAAACAGCAAUUGGAUAAACGUAGGCAGUCUCUGCCUGGGAGUAAGCCCCGCAGUUUGCAGUCUGGGGAUACCAACCUGAAGUCCUCUCUGUCUGCUGGGCACACAGAGCUGCUGGGCAAGGACUCACUUUCAAGCAUGCUAGAAGACCAGGGCAGUGCAGACACCCGGCAGGGCCAGUGGCAGCGGAGGCGCCGGCUGGAUGGGGCCCUUAACCGAGUCCCUGUGGGCUUCUACCAGAAGGUCUGGAAGGUCCUGCAGAAGUGCCAUGGCCUCUCCGUGGAGGGCUUUGUUCUUCCCUCCUCAACAACCAGAGAGAUGACCCCAGGGGAAAUGAAGUUUGCUGUGCAUGUGGAGUCUGUCCUCAACCGUGUGCCCCAGCCAGAGUACAGGCAGCUGCUGGUGGAAACUAUCUUAGUGCUCACCAUGCUGGUGGACAUGGAGGUGCACACCAUUGGUGGCAUCAUAGCUGUGGAAAAGAUCUUGCACAUAGCCAAUGACCUCUUCUAUGAGGAGCAGAAAGCCCUGGGUGCUGAUGAGCACAUGCUGGAGAGGGAUCCUUCGACAGGCAUCUGCAGCUUGCUAUAUGACAGUGCACCAAGCGGCCGGUUUGGCACCAUGACCUACCUGUCCAAGUCAGUGGCCUUGUACGUGUACGACUUUCUGCCCACAGAUGGCUGCUCCAUGCAGUAG